AUGCCUGGGCGCACCAGUCUGCCUCGCGGCCCAGAGGGUACCAUCUACGAGGCGAGCGGAUUCGACGACGAUUUAAGGAUUGAGAUUGAUCCCACAAAGAUCAAGUUUAUCAAAGAGCUGAAAACAUCAGAGGUGUCAUCAAUAUUCCAUGUGAACUAUGAUGGCAUGCCCCGCGUUCUGAAAGUUUUCCACAAUGAUGAAGAUGCUGGGUAUGCUGAUGAUGAGUUUUAUGGAUACACACUAUCCUUGCACCCAACUGCCCUUGUCCCUCAUCUGGAUGCCUUUCAACACGACGCUGGCCUCUCAAGUGCAAUUUUGAUGGAAUACCUGCUGAAUCCUUUGAUAAUGAACUGCAUCACUUAUAGCAAAGAGCGAAUGGCCAAGGCAGUCAAAGACAUUCAACAGAUACAUUCAGCUUUGGUUGAGCACAAUGACCCUUAUCCCAAAAAUAUUAUGAUUGUUCCUGACGACCCGGAAAGAGUUGUGUGGAUAGAUUUUGAUGUUGCAAUCACUUACCCUGAUAGCAUCUACAUUGAAGAUAGGGAACAUGGCUGGAUUGAGAUUGAAACUAGGCGGGUUGAGAGUGUUGAAGUGAAACUUGCAGAUGAUCAGAAACAGGGUCUCCCCCCGAAUACAAAAUAUUACUAG